ACACUGUUAUGAUAUUCAAUUCAAUAAUAUUCUCAAUAUGUCAAAGGGAUUUCUGUAUGUGCCAUGUUCACUUCAUUGGAUGUCCUAAAUCCAUGAUUCAUGUUGCAUUUUUCUUGUCUGAUUUUCCAAGUGUCUGAAAAAGUUUUCACAUUCCUCCAUGUUCAUUCUUCCCCCCUCUCUCCUCUCCCCUCUUCUUGAACACACAGGUUCUUGAUUACAGAACACCAUGGAAAAUUCAAGAGCAAACACUCAGAGGAGAAGGAGUUGGACUCCUUCAUCCAUGAGUAGAACACUGUGGAGUAGCAAUGAGAGCCCCACCAAGGAUUUUUUUCGAUCCAACGACGAACAAAAAGGGGUGAAUGUGCAAGUUGUUGCGCGGUGCAGGCCUCUGUCUGAAGAGGAGAGCAGAGGAAAAGCAUCAUCAAUGAUUUCUUGUGAUGAGAUCAAACAACAAGUGAUUGCUACUCAAAACACAGGCAACAAGCAAACAGAUAAAGUGUUUGUGUUUGAUAAGGUGUUUGGUCUGAAUUCGAAGCAGGUAGAGGUUUAUGAUGACAUCAUUGCUCCGGCCAUUGCUGAAGUUCUCGAAGGCUACAGCUGGACCAUCUUUGCCUACGGCCAGACCGGGACGGGCAAGACCUACACCAUGGAAGGCGAAGGGCGAAAAUACAAGAAUGGCGAGUUUCACGAAAAUGCCGGUAUGAUCCCAAGAGCCGUGCAGCAGAUAUUCGACGUGUUGGAGAGGGAGAGGGCCGACUACAGCAUGAAGGCGACGUUUCUUGAGCUCUACAACGAGGAGAUAACGGAUCUCUUGGCACCCGACGAGGGCAAGAGGCCGUUAGUACUAAUGGAGGAUGGGAAGGGUGCUGUCUUCGUCCGGGGGCUGGAGGAAGAGGUCGUGUGCAGCGUGGAUGAGAUUUGCGCGAUUUUGGAAAAAGGCUCGUCUAGGAAGCGCACGGCUGAGACGCUCGUGAACAAGCAAAGCAACCGGUCCCACUCGAUUUUCACCAUCACGGUCCAGAUCAAGGAGCCUGACACUAGCACCACUGAUCAUGGAUCGGAGAUGAUCCGAUGUGGCAGGUUGAACCUCGUGGACCUCGCUGGCUCGGAGAACGUGCUGCGCUCUGGUGCACGAGAGGGGAGAGCAAGGGAGGCUGGUGAGAUCAACAAGAGUUUGCUCACGCUCGGGCGUGUUAUCAACGCGUUGGCUGACAACUCUACGCACGUUCCAUAUAGGGAUAGCAAGUUAACAAGGUUGUUGAGGGAUUCUUUGGGAGGAAAGACGAAAACGUGCAUCAUCGCAACGAUCUCACCAUCCGUUCUCUGUCAAGAAGAAACGCUCAGCACUCUUGACUAUGCGUUUCGUGCAAAAUGUAUCAAGAACAGACCUGAGGUGAACCAAAAGUUGAUGAAAUCUACAGUGAUCAAAGAUCUCUACACUCAGAUAGAUAGUCUGAAGCAAGAACUUCGUGUUUCGAGGCAAGUGAAUGGUGGUUAUGGUGAUCAGGGUGAUCGACACAGUUCAGACGCGUUGAGGAAGCAACUGAUGGAGCUGCAAGAACUGUAUCUUUAUCAGCAACAGCUAACAGUAGAUUUGAAAGAUAAACUACUUAGCACUGAAGGAGAACUGACAACGGCUCGACAGUCUCUGCUUAAUCUCAAAAAUCAAUGCCAACAAGCCGAAGACGUGUGUAGAGAUAAGGAGGCAGUGAUAUUCAAUCUCAUUUCUUCUGGAAAAGAACUGACAAAGAAAACUUCCGAGCUUCAAUCAGACCUUGAGGGCGCUGUGUUGGACGCGUCUACCUUGUUCGCCAAAAUUGAACACAAGACAGAUUUAGAAGAAACAAACAGGCAAAAUGUAGAGAAGUUUUACUCUCAUUUAGUUCAGCAGCUUCAGGAGCUAGACGAAGGGGUCUCGGCCUCAGCAACGAACCAAGAACAGAACUGGAAGGCGAUUCAAGACGAUACACGAUUAUUCCUAACUUCAAAAGCUAAGGCGAUAGACGAGCUUUUCAAACAGAUCGAAAAUCUCAAGGAGCUAAACGCGUCUGGUGUCAACAAAAUAGACGGUUCAGCUGAAGAACUGUAUCAGAACUCUCAAGUGGCCUUAAGUAGAUUGAGCUCCGCGCUUUCAGAUCAUUCUUCGUGCAUUAUGGAUCUCGUGUCUAAAAACGCAUCAGCUGCUGCUGCCAUUAACAACGGUCUGAAAAGCAACAUGAACAAUCUUGGACUGAAAUUAGACGAAUUCGUGAGGCAGCAGGAGGAGAAUCACGCGCGUUCCCACCAUACGUCCAAGUCCAUUUCCAGUAGCCUUGCUAGUUUUUUCAAGACUUUGAAGAUUUAUACGUCCAAAUUGACACUCAUCGAAGAGGAUUCCCAAACUAUCGCCAAACAGAAGCUGCACGCCUUCACGACAAAGUUUGAGGAGUAUUCUGCUGCUGAAGAAAAGCUUCUGUUGGAGCAAAUGUCCGAACUUUUGGCGAAUUCGAGUUCUAGAAAGAAAAAAAUGAUACAAGCAGCAGUAGACGACGUGCUAGAGAGCGCCUCAAGCAACGGACUGAAGCUGAAUCAAGAAAUAUCGGAGAUGCAAAGCCUAACCGUUGACACUGAGGAAAAGUGGAAUGUUUUCAUUCAGACAACAGAAAGCAACUAUGUUGAAGAUUCUGUUGCUGUGGAAGCCGGCAAAUGCGCCCUUGAAGACGGCCUUCAAUGCUGCGUGAGAGAGUUGGCAGAGGUUUCGAAACAGCAGAGAUUGUCCGAAGAAUCUUUGUUGGAUGAGAUCAAGGCGAAUUUCGUCUCUCAAGAUUCUCUCAUCAAGAAUGAAACAGCAGCGAAUGAGAAGUUCCACGGCCGAUAUUCAUCCAUUGCUGCCUCGUUUCUUGAGGAGACGGGCGAUGCUACGAGGAAUCUAACGUUGUGUGCUGAAAAGGUUCUCAGGCUAGACCGCGAAGCAUCAGAGAAGGCUGAGCUGCUGAGUGCUCGUUGCAUCGUCUCCACGAAGCAAACCAGCGACAGCCACUCAGGACAAGUGGCUGAGAUUUCAAUAAGUGCAAGAAAAUGGCUUGUUGAUGACUACUUGGUGGAUUCAAGUCCAAGUCCAAGUCCGAGGAAAUAUGGUUUUGCAAAGUAGAGAAGAGGUUGAGAGUUUGAUCAGUUUAGAAACACUCAAAGCAGAUAAUGCAGUUGCAAACCAUUUUUUUUACAUAUACUAUCCAUAGGAAAUUUGGGGUCUAUAUAACCAAAAAGACUCAUGUAACUCAUUCUUACAAUAGUCUUUCAGAUUUGGCUCUUCAAUUUCAAGAAAUUUAUGAAAAAAUCAUUUCAUUGUCUA